AUCCAGAAGAUUGGCUUAGAGAAUUUCGAAGAUAUAUAGUGGCUAGUCGAAUAAAUAUUACUCCUGGUAUUGGAGGAGUUGCUGGAAGAGCAGAGAUAUUAGGAUUGGCAAUAUCAUGUUUUGCUGGACCUGUAUUGACUUGGUAUGAAACUCGUGUUAAGGGUAGAAACUGGAAAUGUAAUAAUCUUUCAGAUAAUUUAGGAGUGGUUGACUUAAAUGCUGUUCGAGCUUUGGCGGCUGGAAAUAAUAAUAAUCAGAUUGGUGGUUUAAAUACAGCAGGAGAAUUUCGUAAUAAGGCUGCCACAGAAAUUGGUAGAAUUGAUGCAGGGGUUGCAACCGGUGCUGAUAUUAUUCCAAUAGGUACUUGGGAGAAAGAUUGGUCUAUAGCUGGUGGCGAGCCAACAAAUGAUAUACCAGUUGCACCAAAUACAGGUGGUUUUCCUGCUACUACAAUCACCCCUAACAUUACUCUUGAACAAUUCUUAUAUUUGAUUAGAACUGCCUAUACAUCGGUUGAGCACUUAAAACAAAUGGCAGUUUUUGGUCAACUUGUGCAAGGAAAUAUGACAGUUGAGCAAUUUUCCGCUAGAAUCAAAAAGAUAG